GUGCCUCUAGGGCGGAGAGUGACGGGAAGCUGUCUGUGCCCGAGGAGUCACUUUUUAGGAGCUGGUUUUGUUGCAUUGCACAAACCUGGGUGCAAACCCCAAGCUCACUAGCGUGAGUCAGCGGGGCAGGCGGCGGCGGGAGAGGGAAAGGUGGGCGAAGGGGACGCCGCACACCCCGAGGCCUGCAACGGCGGUGGGAGGACCCGGGGGGAGACUCUGGGACACCCCUAGCGGCGGCCCCCUACCCAGCCCGACAGGUGAGCGCUGGCCGGCCACGGGGCGGAGCCCGCCGUACCCAACAGCCACCCUCCGGGCGCCACCACCACAGAGCAGAGUCUAUCUGGGUGCUGGCACCCAACCAUUGCUUUGCCAAUGAAGUACAUCCUGGUCACUGGUGGGGUCAUCUCAAGCAUUGGGAAAGGGAUCAUCGCGAGCAGCAUUGGGACAAUUCUAAAAUCAUGGGGACUCCGAGUUACGGCCAUCAAAAUCGACCCCUACAUCAACAUUGAUGCGGGCACUUUUUCACCUUAUGAGCACGGUGAAGUGUUUGUCUUAAAUGAUGGUGGAGAAGUUGAUUUAGACCUUGGAAAUUAUGAAAGGUUCUUGGAUAUUAAUCUUUAUAAGGACAACAACAUCACCACUGGGAAGAUAUAUCAGCAUGUAAUAAAUAAGGAGAGGCGUGGUGACUACCUGGGCAAAACGGUACAAGUUGUCCCUCACAUUACUGAUGCUGUGCAGGAGUGGGUUAUGAAUCAAGCCAUGGUGCCUGUGGACGGUCACAAGGAGGAGCCCCAGAUAUGUGUUAUUGAGCUGGGUGGCACCAUCGGAGACAUCGAAGGAAUGCCGUUUGUGGAAGCAUUCAGACAAUUUCAGUUUAAAGCAAAAAGAGAGAAUUUCUGUAACAUCCAUGUUAGCCUUGUCCCACAGCCCAGUGCUACCGGAGAACAAAAAACCAAACCCACGCAAAACAGUGUUCGUGCGCUGAGAGGGUUGGGUCUGUCUCCUGAUCUGAUUGUCUGCCGGAGUUCAACGCCCAUCGAAAUGGCUGUGAAGGAAAAGAUUUCUAUGUUUUGUCAUGUGAACCCUGAACAGGUUAUAUGUAUCCAUGAUGUUUCUUCCACAUACCGAGUGCCUGUGCUUUUGGAGGAACAAGGCAUUGUUAAAUAUUUUAAAGAGAGAUUGAAUUUGCCUAUUGGUGAUUCUGCAAAUAAUUUGCUUUUCAAGUGGAGAAAUAUGGCCGACAGGUAUGAAAGGUUACAGAAAACAUGCUCCAUAGCCCUGGUUGGCAAAUACACCAAGCUGAGGGACUGCUAUGCCUCUGUUUUCAAAGCCCUGGAACACUCAGCCUUGGCCAUCAACCACAAGUUGAAUCUGAUGUACAUAGACUCCAUUGAUCUGGAGCACACCACUGAAACUGAGGACCCUGUGAAAUUCCACGAAGCGUGGCAGAAGCUAUGCAAGGCUGACGGCGUUCUGGUGCCAGGAGGCUUUGGAAUCAGAGGAACGUUGGGAAAACUCCAGGCGAUUUCUUGGGCGAGGGCAAAGAAGAUUCCUUUUCUGGGAGUUUGCCUUGGGAUGCAACUAGCAGUGAUAGAGUUUGCGAGGAACUGCCUUAACUUGAAAGAUGCAGAUUCCACAGAAUUUGAGCCAAAUGCCCGUGUGCCUCUGGUGAUUGAUAUGCCGGAACACAACCCUGGCAAUUUGGGAGGAACAAUGAGGCUGGGAAUAAGAAGAACGGUUUUCAAAACGGAAAAUUCAAUAUUAAGGAAACUGUAUGGCGAUGUUCCUUUUGUGGAAGAAAGACACAGACAUCGAUACGAGGUGAACCCUAAGCUGAUCAAUCAGUUCGAGCAGAGUGACUUAAGUUUUGUGGGUCAGGAUGUUGACGGGGAGAGGAUGGAAAUCAUUGAACUGGCAAAUCACCCCUAUUUUGUUGGUGUCCAAUUCCAUCCUGAGUUUUCUUCUAGGCCGAUGAAGCCUUCCCCUCCAUACCUGGGACUCUUACUCGCAGCAACUGGGAACCUGAAUGCCUUCCUCCAACAGGGGUGCAAACUGUCCUCCAGUGAUAGAUACAGCGAUGCCAGUGAUGACAGCUUUUCAGAGCCCAGGAUAGCGGAGUUGGAAAUAAGCUGAAAGUAAAACAUGACUCGGAAUGACAGGCACUGCCUGAGAAGGCUCUGAAGUAAGGGAAAACAAGAUAAGGCAACGAUCUGAAGAAAUCACCAAACUGUGCCCCACCAAACGUGGGGUGAAAGCCUCAAAGGGAAUGUAAUAAUACGUACUUUCAUGAACCAGAACCAAAGGGGUCCUUUCCUUCUUUUCUGCAGAAGCAGCCUUGGGGGGGUCUCACAGAUUUCUGUAGCCUAUUAAACUUUUUCCAACAACCUCACUGGGGAGAAAGCGUAUUCUUGUUUUGUCUGGUGUAUCCUGACGUCAGGUGGUGAGCAAGAAUCCAGGAACUGAGAUUCCAGGAACUGAGAGGGAAGGCUUCACUGUGCUGUAUGGGAGGGGUGGCAGGGCACACGUAAUAACUAAUUUUGAGUCAAAAAUGAGUCAUCCUGUUACCUGGAACUCAACCACACACUUGGGUGCAGCCCAAGCUGUUUAAAAAUUCACACCUUGUUUAUUUCUAGUUAAAAGGCAGUUUAAACAGCUCCGAGACUAGGGGUGGCAAGUAAAGCCCUUGCUCAGGCACAGAAUUUAAGGGGGGCAUAAAAACACUCAGGAAUCAAGAUCAGUGCAUCUAUAUUUUUUAAUGGAGGUGAAAUUCACGUAACAUAGAAUUAGCCAUUUUGAGGCAAACAAUUCAGUGGCAUGAGGUAUGUCCACAAUGUUGUACAACCGCCACCUUUAUCUACUUCUCAAACAUUU